AUUAUGAGCUGGUAAAAUAUGUCACCUGACCUGAAACAACAGAAGGUAAGAAGAAAACACAAGAAGCAAGCCUGCAUGUUUGCAGUGGACAGGAAAUGUGAACACGUCACACAACUGCUGUGGUCAAAGCUACAGGAGCUGUUUGAGUCAAAGUGUUUGAGAUCAGCUGAGGAUCAGAGUGCAGCAGGGCUGGAUGUGAGGAUGGGGCACUCUUUGCUCUGCAUGACGGGCUUAUUGUUGCUCGGUACUCUCUUCUAUGUUAAUGCUGGAGUUCCCAAUAAGCCCACCGUGAUCCUCGAACCAUCCUGGCCUCAGAUCUACAGCGGUGAGACAGUCACUGUCAGAUGUGAAGGAACUCAGUCGCUGUUUGUAUGGAGAGAAGACGAGUUAAUCAGACCAUCAACAUCUGAAUACAGAAUCAGCAGAGCUACUGAGUCUGACAGUGGAGGAUACAGCUGCUGCACCAUGGCUGAUUUAAAGUGCAGUGACAUCAUCACACUGACUGUAUCAUAUAAACCAAAGGCCAAACUGAGAGCUGAUAACACAGCUGUUCCAGUAGGGGGCAGUGUGACCCUGACCUGCUCUGUGAACCCAUCAUCAUCAUCUGGAUGGAAAUACUACUGGUACAGAGAUGAGAAAUCCUCUGAAGCCCUGACCACACAAGAUGCAGUUUUCCACUCAAAUGGACAAAUCAGUGUCUCACAGGAAGGACUCUACAGGUGCAGAGGAGGAAGAGGAAACCCAGUUUACUACACAGAGGACAGCCAGUCAGUCAGGAUUGGGAAAACUGUAACAGCCUCAAACAGGCCUGUUGUGACUCUGUAUCCAAACUGGUCUGAGAUAUACAGAGGAGAGACGAUCACUGUCAGAUGUGAGAUCCAUGGAGGAGACACUGAGUGGGAUUAUGAGUGGGAAACAAACAGCAGGAUAAAAGCUCCAAAUCAAAAUGAAUACAGGAUUAGAUCUGCUUCAUCAUCCAACAGUGGAAACUAUCGCUGUAAGGGCAGAAUGAAAAGUUCACAGCAUAAAACAACAGAGUGGAGUGAUUCAGUCACACUGACAGUUUCUGACAGUAAGUAGAGUCAUAGUUCAUUUAACCUGGAAAUAGAAACAGUUUGUAAAAAUGUGUUUUUAUUAGUACAUGUUGAGAUAUUUGACAUGUUUAGAUAGUCUCACUCUUAAAGUUCAUCAUAAAUAUUUGUGAGUCAACAUUUUAGUGACAUUGAAUUCAGAGUUAAGAGACGAAACAUUGAGAGAAAAUCUUUGUU